AUGGGUACGAGUGAUAGCAUUGCUGGUGGUCUGCAUCGUCCCGGGUCGAAUGUGGCUCCGCCGAUGUACAAGGCGAUUCGAUUCUUUUUCGAGAUCUGUCUCCACUCGUUCUAUGGCAAUGUUGAAGUUGAAGGGACAGAGAAUAUUGCACCGGAUAACUACCCGGCUAUCCUCGUGGCGAAUCAUAGCAACAGUUUGACGGAUGCCAUUGCAAUUCUGUCGACAGUCCCGCCCAAGAUCCGGAGUAUGGUCCGCUUGACGGCCAAGGACACCUUCUGGCACAAGCCUGGAGUCUUCAACUAUGUCAUCAAGAGCGCUGGGACGAUUCCGAUUAAGCGGCGAAAGGACUAUGAGAACCAGAAAGUUGACAACACGGAAACCAUGGGCGCUUUGAUCGAUAGCCUGGGAACUGGAAGCUGUGUAUGCAUGUUCCCCGAAGGCAUUUCCCGGUACCAUCCUCAGCUGGCGCCUUUCAAGGCCGGCGUCGCCAUGAUCGCGAGUGAUACCCUUGCGAGGUACCAGGACAUGCCUGACUUCUCUCUGACGUUGGUGACGACGUCGAUCAACUACUUGCACCGUGAAAAGUUCCGUUCCGAUGUCGUGGUGACGUUCCAUGCACCGAUUGUCUUGACACCUCAGCAAGACGCGAAACUUUUCUCAGCGGACAAGCAAGAGAAAACAGAGGCGAUCCGCAAACUGACUGAGCUAUUGGAGAGCACAGUGAGAUCGACUUUGCUAGAUGCUCAGGACUGGGAGACUGUCCGAAUUGGACAUACGGCGCGGAAGCUGUAUGCAGGUGAUUUGGGAACCAGGAUCUCGCUGGGCCAGUAUGUACGUCUGACCAGGAAAUUCGUCUCGGCAUUUAGUCAGCACAAGCAGGAGACGGCAACUGCAAAACUGGAGGAUGGAUCACCGAUCGGGGAUAAGAACGGGGAUUCAUUAGAGAUGAAGCAGCCGGUCAAGAUGGAUGCGGAAACUGUCAAGAAGAUUGAUGAGCUGGCGAAGGAUCUUGCAGAAUACCAAGAUCAACUGGACUUUUAUCAUCUCAAGGACUACCGCAUCAAGCAGGGCAAACCCUCAGUGAGGGUGCUUUUCGGAAAACUGUUUCAACGAUCCUUGCUGGCUUGUCUAUUGUCCACGAUCUGUCUCCCUGGACUCUUCCUUUGGGCGCCCGUCUUCAUCGCAAUCAAGUACCAAGAGAGAAAGAUUCGCAAAAAGGGGCCGCUGGAGGAUAACCUGGAUGAGAUUGCACAGUACAAAUUGAUGAUCGCGUCCUUCUUCCUGCCAGUGAUCUGGGGCUUCUGGGUCUUGGUGACCCUCCCGAUUGCGCUGUUCAGCGGCCCCGGCAUUGUCAUCUUGAUGUGGCUUACGAUCCGCUGGCUCGAAGACUUGAUCCACAAUGCAAAAUCGAUGCUAUCGCUGCUGCGCCUGCUGUUUUUGACGCAGGACACAAUUUACUCACUGCGGGACUGCCGACAGGAGUUGGCAGAGCGGGUGCACGACUAUGCGGUGCAGUACCUGAAGCUGCCUGAGGAUCCUGAGGAUCUGGUGCGCGAGAACCGGACACGAAAGGCGAGCAGUGGUUGGUUCGGCAAGUUGUCCGGCAGCUACUUUUCGAUCAAGAGGAGAAGAAGAAAGGACUGGAACGAGGUUAUGAGACUGCAUGAUGUUACCAAGUAUGACUAA